AUGUCGCCCCUUGUUGCAGUCCUUGUGGUACUCACUGCGUUACUGCUCAGCACAACGUAUCACAAAUAUUCCCGCUUGAGCCACAUCCCAGGACCCUUUUGGGCCCGAUUCACAGGGUUCUGGAUUACAUGGAAACUAUGGCAUCACGAGAGUAUGGCCGAUAUCAUGCUUGAUCUCGAUAGGAAGUACGGGCCUGUUGUACUCAUUGCACCUAAUAAUGUCGUGUUUAGUGACCCUGUGGUCAUUCCCAUCAUUUACGCCACGGCUAGACCAUACAAAAAGGCCUUAUCCUACGAGCCGGCGACACCCCUUGUCAACGGUCGGCUCCAGGAUUCUUUCGUCACCACGCGCGACGAAGCUCGCGUUUCGGCGAUCAAGAAGCACAUCAAUUCCGCGUUCACUGCUGCGGCCAUUGGCUCGUAUGAGUCGCACGUGGACGAGGGAAUCAGACUGUUUAUCUCGCGUGUACGAGAUGCCGCCGCGCAGGACAACAAGGUCGACUUCGUUCGUUGGAUGAAACUAUUUUCUUUCGAGACUCUCUGCCGUAUCGCCUUUAGUGAUGGCAACUUCUCAGAACAGGAUGUUCAGGACACGCUUAGAGGUGCCAUAGAGCGCUUCGACCACUGGUACUUCUGGUUCUUCCUUCCGAAGCUUGAGAAGCUACUUUUCAAGAACCCAUUCGUCCUGGGAUCCCGUGGCUCGUCCUUACUAGGCCGCAGGGCUGUAGCAAGGGUUCAGGAGAGACACGCAGUUGGAGGGGUCGGUAUGCACUCGGACCUGCUGGAGUCCUACCUUAAAGGUAACAGGAAAGCCCCUGACACAUUCACCGAGGGCACUGUAGUCGGUCUGGUGAUCUCGACCAUCCACGCCGGGUCAGAGACCACUGGCUCGACACUAACUGACGUGAUCCGCCAGCUGUUGCUGCACCCGCAAUGCCUAAAGGAUCUAGUCACCGAGCUCGAGGCGGCUCAGUUAACCAGCCCACCGACCUUUGCCUCCGUGUCCAAGCUUGAAUACCUCGAAGCGGUGAUCAAAGAGUCCAUGCGACUGAACCUUGUCAGCCAUGCUCCCUUGGAGCGGGAAGUCCCCGACGGCGGUGCUAACAUUGGUGGCGUUCAUAUUCCAGGUGGCACGGCCGUCGCGCUUAACGUUCAAGGGCUUUCGCUUCGGGAAGACGUCUGGGGUUCAGAGCCCGAAGAAUUUCGACCGCAUCGAUGGCUCAAAGCAGACCAGGGCCAGCGCGCCAGGAUGGAGCGCGCCUGGUCAGGCUUUGGUCACGGCAAGCGAAUGUGCAUAGGACAACACAUCGCCUGGAUCGAAAUGAAGAAGCUUCUACCAGAGAUUUUACUCAAUUUUGAUAUGAAAUUGGUGUAUCCCGAUCACCCGGUAAAAUACUACAACACCAUAGUCGGAGUGCCCACGGAGAUGUGGCUGGACAUUCACCUCCGGAACCGGGAGCUGAUCACUUAA